CCGUCUUUCAAAACCAAAACAGUCUUCAGGUUCCGUCCCGUCGACGUUUACCGCAACCGCGUUUCCAACGCACCGCGUCGUGUGCCCGCACCCAGCGAUCCACCGGGCCGUUGGCGGUUUCUACAUCCCGCACUUUAAUUACAACACCAUAAAUCACCUGACACCCGGUCGUCAGCCAGAAGACCUCGCCGAACCACACGGUACGUAAUUGUUGGGGUAACCCACUCAACUGCAGCAUAACAUACACCGACGACGAUGGACAGCAGCACAUUGAUUUUGACAUGCAUAGCCGUCGCGCUCAUCGCCAUCGCUAUCAUCCGCAGACUCGUGUUCGUCGCCUCGUUCCGUUCCAUCGCCGGACCGCCGGCUCUUCCGAUCUUCGGCAACGCACUUCAGCUAAACGGCUCCCCUUCCGAUUUCUUUAGACUUUUACUUGAAUGGCAUUCAAAAUUUGGAGACACGUAUCAACUAUGGAUUGGUCUUCGACCAUUCAUAGCAAUGGCUGAUGCUGAUCAUAUUCAGGAAAUUUUGAAGUCAUCCGUUCAUAUUGACAAGAAUUUAGAGUAUGAACUACUACUUCCGUUUAUCGGUACAGGACUAGUGACCAGUUCAGGAUCUAAAUGGCAUACAAGAAGGAAGUUAUUGACACCAACGUUUCAUCAAAAUAUUCUCGAGGAAUUCUUACCGUUAAUAGAAAAACAGAUUAAAACCUUAGUAAAGGUGUUAAGAAAAGAGGUCAAUAACGUGAAUGGAUUCGAUAUAAAGCCCUACGCAAAAUUGGCUGCACUAGAUACCAUCGGAAACACAGCCAUGGGAUGUGAGUUCAACUCACAGGAGAAUUCCCAACUGGAAUAUGUUAAAGCUCUGGACGAGCUUACUGCAAUCAUGCAAAAACGGUUUAUAACACCAUGGUUGAAACCUAAUUUACUAUUCAACUUAACAUCUCUCAGUAAAAGACAAAAGGCGUGUAUAGACGUUAUACAUACAUUUACAAGAAAGGUUGUAAAAGAGAGGAAGGACAAUUUUAAACUAUUCAACGGUCAGACGUCAGAUGCAAAUAAAAAAAAAACUCACUAUGAAAAAAAACCCAAUAGAGCAUUAUUAGAUUUAUUGAUAGAAGUGUCCGAAGAUGGAAAAGUAUUAAGUGAUGAGGAUAUUCAAGAAGAAGUUGACACUUUCAUGUUUGCGGGAGUUGAUACAACUUCUGUCACUUUGUCUUGGGUUAUGUAUGUCUUGGGUAAACAUCCACAUGUACAAGAUAAAAUAGUGGAAGAAUUAAACGAAAAAAUUCCGAAUUUCGGUGAUGGGAAGUUAACAGUAAAUAUUUUAAGCAGUCUUGACUAUUUGGGAAGGACAAUCAAGGAAGUGCUACGCCUUUACCCAUCCGUCCCAUUUAUUGGUAGACAAAUUUACAAACCACUCACAAUUGGUGAUCACACUAUUUUGCCGGGCACGUCAAUCUUCAUAAACGUGUUUGCUUUACACAGAAACGAAAAACAUUUUGAGAACCCGGAAAAGUUUGAUCCCGAUAGAUUUUUAGAGGAAAACAAAAAAGAUCGCCAUCGCUUUGCCUUCGUACCAUUUAGUGCAGGAUCGAGGAACUGUAUUGGACAAAAGUUCGCAAUGAUCGUUCUCAAAAUAGCUGUUGCCACACUUAUAAAAACAUACAGAGUUAAGUCAAUAGACCCAGAAGAAAAGUUGGGGCUUGUUGGCGAAAUCGUAUUGAACGCACUGAACGGAAUCCACGUGACACUUGAAGAACGGGCGUAGGCCUA